AUGGCUUCUUCGGCCCCUUCCAUUGUCAUCAUCCCCGGAUCCUUCUCCACCGCCCAGAUGUACUACGAAGUAGUCGACGAGAUCAAAAAGCUCAGUGGCUCCGACUCCGUCUUCGUCAACAACCUCCCGUCCGCCAGCCGCAACCCGCCCGAAGAGCCGGCCACGCUCGAAGACGACGCGACGUUCUUCCGAGCCAUUGUCGAGAAGCUGGCGGAUCAGGGCAAAGAUGUCGUGCUUGUGGCACACUCCUACGGUGGGGUCGUGGGCACGGAGACUCUCAGGGGCGUGGGCAAAGCUGAGCGACAGGCGCGUGGGCAGUCGGGUGGGGUCGUGAGGAUCGUCUAUCUCUCUGCUCAUGUGCUUGAGGCGGGCGUCUCGGUGAAGAGCAGGGUGGGAGAACCUCCCCCGGAGAUGGUCGAGACCGGAAAGGACGGCUUCCUCCGCCUUGUGGGCAUCGACAUCAUCGCCAAAGCCACGUUCCCGGACCUCGACUUCGACAAGGCUGUCGCGACCGUCAAGUCCAUGUCCCGCCACUCGGCGCGCAGCUUCGCCAGCGAGGUCACGUACGCGGGCUACCAGCACGUGCCGGUCUCGUUCAUCGUUUGCGAGAACGACAUGAUCAUCCCGCCGGACGUACAGCGCGGGUACAUCGAGAUGAUCGGUCGUGAGAGUGGGAGGGAGGUCGACGUCCACACCCUUCCAACAGGACACUGCCCCAAUACCACGGCCCCGAACAAGCUGGCGAAGGUCAUCGUCCAGAUUGCCACGGCUUCGGAGUGA